AUGACAGUGAACGUCCUCAAAUGCAGAAAGUCAGCUGUCACUGUACUUUAUAUUUACGGCUUGUUUGUGAUAUGUGAUGUCCCUUUCAUUGGAACGCUGAUCACAGAGAUGUUCCAUCGAUAUACAAUCAAGGAACAAAUCGCUUAUGAUUUCUCUACGACUGUUAUUUUCGUCAACUCCUUUAUAAAUCCGGUAGUGUACUGCUGGAGAAUUUGGGCGAUAAGAAAAGCUAUAAAGAACAUUCUAAGGGGGUGGGGUGGGGGACGGAAUGAAUAAUAAAUACCCCUACUCUAGCAAGCCAAAAUGAUUUCCUCGAUGCCAAUAUGAGAGAGCAAGGGUGAGGAUGGAUAUGGGAAGCAAUGUUGGCGCACUCCCCUCCAAUGUGGCGCAGGUUCAAAUCCAGGCGUCGACGCCAUUUGUGGGUUCACUGUGUUGUUGGUAGUCUUCAUUGCACCGAGAGCCUUUUCACCGAGUGAUCCGGUAUCCCCUAUCCUCAAAUCCAAAACUUUCAAAUCAGAGUCGAUCUGGAGCGUACUGUUGGGAAAGAAAUAGGUGAUGCUUAACUUUAUUAUUUUGUGAUUGAAUAUUAAUUAGAAAGUCCGAGUAUAUUUACAAUAAAAAUGAUGUAACUGCAUGCAUUUUCUUAGGCUAAAUAAGGUGACAGAACGUGCGAUGUUGUAAGAGUCACCUAGUUUAAAUACAUUACAAUGGGAACUUUUACUGCACAUCUGAUCAAUGUAAAAGUACUGCCUUACGCAAGGAUAGUAGAAAAAAACCUCUGUAUUACUUAGAAUCUGUUAGUUGUUAGUUGAUCGUAGAGUUACGUCGAUAUUUGAUCGUUGAUCGUUGUGUUACGACCGUUGAAUAUGUGAGAAUUGUGCAUCGCAGUAGAUUGUUGGAUUGGAUUAAAUCGUGCUGUUACAUCGAAAGAUACAGUCCUCUUGAUUUGUUUCAACCAGCGAGCGGGGUUAAAAGAAUUCCGCAACACGUACGUACACGUUGAAAUGAGUUCUCAGAAGAACUCCUAAGUUCUUUGUGGGAACAAAUUACAAUUAGAAAAAUUUACAAUUUGACAUCAUAGCACGACGAGGUUAUUUCUGUUUCUAUCGGCCAGAGGAAUAGAGUCUUUAUAAUUUGACAAAUGACUUGGAGUGAUUUAAAGUUGCAUCUUCUCUUUCCUUUGCAUAAAGAGACGAAAACUAUACAUAGUACCCAACUGUAUACUCAAGUGUUUCAUCUGAUUUCCGAACACAGAGAAGUAAUAUAUGAAACACGAGAAGGAGUGUUCCAUCUGAUAUCCAAAAACGGAGAAGUGGUACAUCAAACACGAGAAGGAGUGUUUCACGAAAAACACGAGAAAACUGUUUCAACUGAUCAAGACACCUAGAGGUAAUAUGUCAAACACGAGAGGGAGUGUUUCAUCUGAUAUCCAAACACCCGAAAAGCAUAUCCAAAAAGCGAGAAGCAAUAUAUUAAACACGAGAAAACUGUUUCAACUGAUCAAGACAUCUAGAGGUCAUAUGUCAAACACGAGAGGGAGUGUUUCAUCUGAUAUCCAAACACCCGAAAAGCAUAUCCAAAAAGCGAGAAGCAAUAUAUUAAACACGAGAAAACUGUUUCAUCUGAUAUAUCCAAACACCUAGAAGUAAUAUAUCAAACACUAGAGGGAGUGUUUCAUCUGAUAUCCAAACACCUAGCAGUAAUAUAUCAAAAACGGGUAGGAGUGUUUCAUCUGAUAUCCAAACACCUCGAAGUAAUAUAUCAAACACGAGAGAGAGUGUUUCAUUUGAUAUCCAGACACCGAGAAGCAAUAUAUUAAAAACCAAAAGAAGUGUUUUAUCCGAUAGCCAAACACCGAGAAGGUAUAUCCAAACACGACUGUUUGGCCCUUCCAUGAAUACAAGAUCGUGGAACAAAACGUGUUAACCAAAUUUUCAGGGACUAAAUUGUAAACACAUCAUAAAUGCAAAUACAGCAUUGUUGAAAAAGAGCCCGUCUUUAACAGUGAACUAAUUAAAAGAUAAGGUGGUCAAAUUUCCUAGGUCCUAAUAGUUUUUACAUUGUUUGCUUAAGCUCUCCGUCAAUAAGUUAAGCAUUAUUCCAGCAUUUUAGAGGCAUUUUCCAGUGAUCUUUUUCUCUGAAAAAAAAAAGAGAAUGGAAACAUUGUUUAAGAAAACUCGAAAGAAAUUAGGUUAAAUUCCACUUUAAUGCCUCUGUGUCUAGGAUCAUUUUUUGCUGUAUUGAACUAUUAAUGAGUAUAUACCAGACUGAAAAACUAUGUCGUUUGAAAAGCUGAGUAUAAACCAUACACGAUGAGACUAACUAGAGUUAAGGGUAGAAUUAUAUUAUCGUUACAAAUUUAGAGUUUUUCUGGAACAGCUUACAUUAUCUUGAGCUUCUCUUGUGGAUGCCAAUCCCAGGAAUACUUAAAUUAACCCUUCCGGGUAAACUUUUAUGGCUCCAGUCAGGCUUAUGAUUUUCAAGUUUUUGUUGGUCAUGGGGCAAAUCUCUAUAACUAGAGACUUCCCUGAAGAAACAUUUGCUAAAAGGGGAAGUCGUCGGCUUAUCAGCAAGAACACUGGAACCUUUUUAUUGAAUUUUACGUCGUUGAAAUGCAUUGGUGUGAGAAUCGUGUGAUAGUUUAAGCCGCGAACUCUUAAUUUUCAAUGCUAAUAAACUUCUACCUAUAAAUACAUUUAAUAGGUCUCAUAAACUCAUUUUUUAUAAUUUGCAAUCGACAGAGUCUUUUUCAGACAGGUGUAUACAAUGUUGCCAUACCACUUUAACAUACUGUUUUGUUAGCCUUAAUUUCUCUCAAAUUGUUGAAUUAAAACAAAUAAGCCUCUUUAUCAUAAGACAAAUCCGACAUAGAAUUUUGAUGACUCUUUUGGGGGUUUAACAAGCAUUCCAGUGCGAAGAAUGGAGCAUUAAGGUUGAGCAUUUUAAUGGGAAACAAAAACAGAAUAUGAAAAAAGCUUUUAAACAUAUUUACUACAGCCCAUUAGUCAUUUGUCAGCUGGCGUGCUUACCAAUAAUUACACGAAACAUGCAGUUGAAACCGUCGGGUUGAGAAGGCAAUCGUAGAAGCUUUUAAGAGUCAAAUGUUGCAAAAACACCGCACACAAUAAUAUAAGAACACCGCAAACAGCAUUGAAAUUACCCAAACCGCUUGGUUUUUUAAAACCGCAAUACCGCAACUUAAAAUAAAAAUUUCCGAAAAACUGCAAUAAAAAUCGAGCUGCAAACAGAGGACAGCUCUAGCUAGCCAUGAAACAGACACCUUUGUUAAGAGAAGAGACUUGAAGAUAGCAAAUACAUGAAGCGUGAUCUAGUCCCUUUAAAAACCUAUAAUACUCAAUUUUUGGACUUUUGGGGAGGAUAUUUGUAUAAAUAUUUGCGCCAUAUAAGUUUUUGGUGAUUUUAGACUUUUCAUAGAAGUCUGGACGAGACAGAACUUAUUUUAUAACAUAACAAAAUAAAGCGCACGCUCUGAUUGGUCAGUUAGCCAUCUACCAUUUGCCCGUGGGUGUACGCCAAAUUGAGGCCAAUUAUGCAAAUCUCCUCCCCUGUUUGAUAGUUACAGCUUUUAGAUGUUUCGCAGACUUUCUUCAGCACUGCUUCUAGUCACGUUCAAGAAAGCCCCUGUUUCUUUACAGCUUUUGCGAUGUCCGUAUAAACGUCUCCAUUUCGGUGACUUUUGUCUAUUUUAUCGUGAAUUCGACGGUUCCCCCAAGCAGCGGCGUUAGAGCGGUUCCAAGUGGGCCAAAGUCCCAUACAUUCACUGUAAUUUUAGCUGUGUUUGCCCCCCAGCCAAGUUGGCGUCAUAAACCGUGAAAAGGUCUAUUAGAGAUGUUGAAUGGCCAAAGAGGCACCACCUACCGCCGAGUUGGCUAUAAUCGUUAAGGGUCUUAGGACUCUUAUAGGGGCAUUAUAGACCCACCACCAAGCACUGAUGAAAAAUAGCAGAUGAUUGAAAAGAAACAAAAACCUGAAGAAGAUGCAAUUUUAAUCUUUGAAGUUGCCUUAGUGAACUUUGCACAGUAUUAACUUUUGAUGAUAGCUUCACCUUGUUGGAGGACCAGAUAAUUUUUUCCGAUCAUGAAGACCAUGAACAAAACUGAGACAACCUGCUACGGCUUUUAUUUUACAGGUAUCACCUUUGACAAUACGGGAGAAGUUUUCAUAACAAAUAUUCUAACCUGCAUCCUCAAUGUAAUGUUCAGUAUCAUAACAUGUGUGGGCAACUCUACGAUUCUUCUUGCGAUUAAAAAUACACGAGAUCUUCACACGCCAUCUUACGUCCUUCUGGGCUGCCUGGCUUUUUCUGAUCUUCUCGUUGGCCUCAUAUGUCAGCCACUUUUCGUGGGGGUUAAGAUAGCUGAGUUUGAAAGAAGCUUUACUGUGUAUUGUUGGUUAAGAAUGCUUGAGACCAGAUCAGCUUGGACAACAGCCGGCGUUUCGUUUUUCACAGUAGCUGCAGUGUCCGUUGACCGACUAAUCGCUUUACACCUGCACCUGCGAUACAGCGCAUUUGUCACCGUUUCUCGGGUUUUGCAAGCCACUCUGGUUAUUUGGAUCUUGUCCGUUAUAUUGAAUGUCGUGCUAAGGUUUUGGAUGAUGACCGCCGAAUGGUUUUUCAUCCCGUUGGUCAUUUUCGUUGUUGUAUCCGUGGUUCUAACCGUCAGUACCAUGAAGAUAUUUCAGAUGGUUCGAAGACACCAGCGCCAGAUAAAUAGACAAACUGAGGCCGUGAUCCAUCUUCAAUCCAACACAGUGAACGUCCUCAAAUGCAGAAAGUCAGCUGUCACUGUACUUUAUAUUUACGGCUUGUUUGUGAUAUGUUAUGUCCCUUUCUUUGGAACUCUGAUCACAGAGAUGUUCCAUCGAUAUACAAUCAAGGAACAAAUCGCUAAUGAUUUCUCUACGACUAUUAUUUUCGUCAACUCCUUUAUAAAUCCAAUAGUGUACUGCUGGAGAAUUAGGGAGAUAAAAAAAGCUGUAAAGAACAUUCUAAAGGGGCGGGGUGGGGAACGGAAUGAAUAAUAUAAUACCCCUACUCUGGCAAGCCAAAAUGAUUUCCUUGAUGCCAAUAUGAGGGAGCAAGGGUGGGGAUGGGUAUGGUGAGCAAUGUUGGCGCACUAUUGAGAGCACCCCCCUCCAAUGUGGUCCAGGUUCAAAUCCAGGCGUCGACGCCAUUUGUGGGUUCAGUUUGUUGUUGGUAGUCGUCCUUGCACCGAGAGGUUUUUCUCCGGGUGAUCCGGUUUUCCCCUCUCCUCAAAUCCAACACUUUCAAAUCCCAGUCGAUCUGUAGCGUACUGUUGGGAAAGAAAUAGGUGAUGCUUAACUUUAUUAUUUUGUGAUUGAAUAUUAAUUAGAAAUUGACAUUUGUAGCGCAAAGAAGUUAGAUUUCGUGACAUUAGAUUUUACAAUAAUGUAGACAAAGUCCGAGUAUAUUUACAAUAGAAAUGAUGUAACUGCAUGCAUUUCUUAGGCUAAAUAAGGUGAAAGAACGUGCGAUGUUGUAAGAGUCACUUAGUUUAGAUACAUUACAAUGGGAACUUUUAGUGCACAUCUGAUCAAUGUAAAAGUACUGCCUUACGCAAGGAUAGUAGAAAAAAAACCUCUGUAUUACUUAGAAUGUGUUAGUUGUUAGUUGAUCGUAGAGUUACGUCGAUAUUUGAUCGUUGAUCGUUGUGUUACGACCGUUGAAUAUGUGAGAAUUGUACAUCGCAGCAGAUUGUUGGAUUGGAUUAAAUCGUGCAGUUAUCGAAAGAUACAGUCCUCUUGAUUUGUUUCAACCAGCGAGUGGGGUUAAAAGAAUUCCGCAACACGUACGUACACAUUGAAAUGAGUUCUCACUAGAACUCCUAAGUUCUUUGUGGGAACAAAUUACAAUUAGAAGAAUUUACAAUGUGACAUUAGGCUCCGUACAAGUAGUUAUUCAUCCUGGCUAAUUCGAGGAGGUUAUUUCUGUUUCUGUCGGCCAGAGGAAUAGAGUCUUUAUACUUCGGACAAAUGACUUGAAAGUGAUUCAAAGUUGGAUCUUCCGUUUCCUUUGCAUAAAGAGACGAAAACUAUACAUAGUACUCAACUGUAUACACAAGUGUUUCAACUGAUUUCUGAACACAGAGAAGUAAUAAGCGAAACACGAGAAGGAGUUCCAUCUGAUGUCCAAAUACAGAGAAGUAAUACAUCAAACACAAGAAGGAGUGUUUCGUCUGAUAUCUAAAAACCCGAAUAGCAUAUAUCUAAAAAGCGAGAAGCAAUAUAUUAAACACGAGAAAAGUGUUUCAUCUGAUAUAUGCAAGACACCUAGAAGUAAUAUAUCAAACACGAGAAAGAGUGUUUCAUCUGCUAACUAAAAACCCGAAAAGCAUAAAUCCAAAAAGCGAGAAGCAAUAUAUUAAACACGAGAAAAGUGUUUCAUCUGAUAUAUUCAAGACACCUAGAAGUAAUAUAUCAAACACGAGAGGGAGUGUUUCAUCUGAUAUCUAAACACCCCAAAAGCAUAAAUCCAAAAAGCGAGAAGCAAUAUAUUAAACACGAGAAAAGUGUUUCAUCUGAUAUAUGCAAGACACCUAGAAGUAAUAUAUCAAACACGAGAAAGAGUGUUUCAUCUGCUAACUAAAAACCCGAAAAGCAUAAAUCCAAAAAGCGAGAAGCAAUAUAUUAAACACGAGAAAAGUGUUUCAUCUGAUAUAUUCAAGACACCUAGAAGUAAUAUAUCAAACACGAGAGGGAGUGUUUCAUCUGAUAUCUAAACACCCCAAAAGCAUAAAUCCAAAAAGCGAGAAGCAAUAUAUUAAACACGAGAAAAGUGUUUCAUCUGAUAUAUUCAAGACACCUAGAAGUAAUAUAUCAAACACGAGAGGGAGUGUUUCAUCUGAUAUCCAAACACCUAGAAGUAAUAUAUCAAAAACGGGUAGGAGUGUUUCAUUUGAUAUCCAAACACCGAGAAGCAAUGUAUUAAAAACCAAAAGAAGUGUUUUAUCCGAUAGCCAAACACCGAGAAGUAUAUAUCCAAAUAGGACUAUUUGGCCCUACCACGAAUACAAGAACGUGGAACAAACGUGUUAGCCAAAUUUUCAGGGACUAAAUUAUAAGCACAUUAUACAUACCAUUACAGCAUUGUUAAAUUGAAAAAAAAGCCCGUCCUUAACAGUGAGCUAAUUAAAGGAUAAGGUGGUCAAAUUUCCUAGGUCCUAAUAGUUAUCUUCUUUAAUAACAAUUUUUAAGAGGGUUUAACCCCCCCCUUUCUUUUUUUUUUUUUUUUUUUUCACCCAUUUCCUUUUUGAUUUAGCUGGGAUGCAUUCAUCCCCAUGCUCCUCCCAUUUUCCACUAGAACAGCAACUGGCUUUUUAGCUACUUUCAAAGUUUUAAGAACGAAAUAACAUUAUAGAUAAUUAUAUUUUCUGGUUGGCAGUUUAUUUAUUUAUUUAUCUAUUUUUUAAAAAAGUCAUUUUUAAGUAGGGUAACCCCCUUUUUUCAUCCAUUUUCGUUUUCAUUCAGCUGCGAUAAGUUCGUCCCCAGACUCCUCUCAUUUUGUACGUCAUCAUGCUGACGAUUAACUAUGGCGUGAGCAGCAAAAAAAUUGUUUUUGCUUCUUUUUGUGGGCCACAUCCAUGAGAAGAGGAAUUUUUGUCUACUAGCUGAGGAGUUUCCAAGUUUUUUUGCUCGCUAAUUGGUCUGCUGUGGAGGCUAUCUGAGGUAUUUUAGAGUAAGUAAUCAUUUAUUUUUUUUUCCAAGACCUUUCAGUACUUUCAUGUGUCAAUGCUGCAGGCAUCUUGCUACGGUUAUAGCUAAUGGAUCUAUUUGCCCUCGAAACCUGUUUCCCUCGUUUCAAGGUACUUAACUUUAUAUUAUAUUAUAUAUUAACCCUUCAGUUCCUUUUGUUUUAUUUUGCACUGUGUAUUGUGUUGGACGUGGCUGCAUUGCAGUUGUUGGUCGCUCAAUAUUGGUGCUUUUUCUAACUAUGUAACUAUUAACCAAUUUUAUUUGUUUUUAUGCCUACAACACUCUCAUUUACACACACCCUCCCUCCCCACCUUACCCACUAUUUAGUGGAGACUUGGGAACCCUUUCAUUAGGGAUUCCAUACCACACCUGUAAUGCCACAAAGGUUGCUAGAGAAACUACUAUUUUUUUUCUUCAUUAGUACGAUGUUUAAAAUGUGUGGAAUUCCACGUUUAGUUUCGACCCCAUUAAAUUCUUUACUAACAUUAGAGCAUUUAAGAAGAAGCCACCCAACUUUCAGGGCGGAUCGAGCGCAGAGCUCUCAAACGUCUUCUUUGUGAAAAAGAAGAACAAACACAGUCUGUGCUUUUGAGAGUGCGCGUGUUGCCUUGACUCUUCUCAGAGCAGUAAAGGCUGCUUUAUCUGCACGCGAUGCCACUCCCUCUUUCACCCACAAAGCAAAGAUAAAUUAGCCGCGUUUAAACACACUUAUAAAAGGAAAGAGAAGACGCAGCAUAACGCAAUUUUGGCAGUGUAGAGCUGAUGAGAAAAUGACUGAAAGAAAUCACAAACUUAAUUUUAAAGCAACGAUAAUUAGCCGACUGGAGUAUAAGAGACUUAAAAAGAUGACAAGAAGAAACACGCAAUGUUCUUUAAAAAUAUAUAAGAACGAAAGACAUCAGUUAAUAUUAAAAUAAAGGCUGAGGAACUGACAGACAUUUUAAACUUUUUUUCAUAUUUCAUAUUUUAUUUUUAAUUAAUUAAUUAAGUUAUUUUUCAUUUCAUUUAUUUUAUUCAAAUCAAACUGUUAAAAGUUACAGAACGUACAUAAUUAAGUAUAAUAAAUAAUUAGCAAGGGAAGGGACAAAGUGCAGUUUACAACACAUCUAACAGUUUUUACCAUAUAAUGGCCUGCAGCUGGCUGUAUAUUAAUUAACUAUAUUCCUUUUACAGAAUUCGGCUAACAAUAUUGUUUGAUUAUUUCAUACCUCCAAGAAGUUCUCGAGAAAGGAUUGUUAACAAAAUUUUUCGUAAAUGGAUUGACUUAGAGGGGGCCAAUUUGCCUAUGCGUGCCAAAAUUUGGUUUACGCAGAAAAAAGGAAAGAACGGUUUUCCUUAUUAAAGGCUUCACUUUUUUAUUAUGAAACCAGCUGCCUCUCUUCCAUGUCACUGUAUUCAGCCAAUUACAAUCGUCGCAGUGGGUGACAAGGCCUUAUAUCUUCUAUAAGUUGUAGAUCGUGUGAAUUCUGAGAUUCAAUUUUAAAACAGACAAUGGCAGCAUAUUUACUUAGUAAGUGUUCCAAUUUUUCAGACAGACGAAAUUUAUUUAUUAUUGAUUAGGUUUAGGCUAUUUAAUUUCUUCUACUGAGAAUGAAACUGUCAUCAGUUGUAUCAUGUCAUUUGUUCCUGAUUAUAACUCGCAUUCAAAGACUUCCGUCAGAAGUCAUGCUUAGUUGAAAGAACUGCCACUUGAAAAAGCUUUAAGAGCUCGGUUGAAUAGAAGAGGUAACUUACUCGGACUCGGAUGCAGACAGCUAGCCAUGAUACAGAUGCCUUUGUUGAGAGAAAAGACUUGGAGAAGCCUGACUCGGUUGAAAAAGGAAAGAGUUACUUGAAAAAAAUCCUGGCUCGGUCAAGGAAUAGAGUGAACGAAGCUUGGCUUAUCAGACACCAACAAAUCAGGGAAAACCUGUUUCAUUUUUGAAGAAAAGUAGAUUAACCUGAUUCUCGCCGACUCAGAACAAACAGUGAUAGCUACUUCAAGCCAACACAAUCUGACAUAACUUCCCUCAGUCAUGAACAAAACUGGAAAAGCCUGUUUAUAUCUUAGUGACAUCAGCUUCGACAAGGCGGAAGAACUUUUCGUAACAAACAUUCUAACUUGUAUCCUUAACUUAUCGUUCGGUUUCGUAACAUUUGUGACCAACACUACAAUUCUUCUGGCGAUUAAAAACACCUGCGAUCUUCACACGCCAUCUUUCGUUCUUUUGGGUUCCUUGGCAGCCUCGGAUCUUCUCGUUGGCCUCGUAUGUCAGCCGCUUUUUGUGGCGUCUAAGAUAGCUGAACUUGAAAGAAAUUUAACUGCGUACUGUUGGUUGAGACUACUCCAGAGCAGAACGGCUUGGAAUACAUCUGGCGUUUCUUUGUUGACAGUAGCCGCUGUUUCUGUUGACAGACUCCUCGCUCUAAUUCUUCAUUUACGAUACGAGACUUUAGUCACUGUUCCACGAAUACUUCAAGUCACUUUCCUUUUCUGGAUCUUGUCUAUGAUAUUAAACGUUGUUCUAACAUUUUGGAUGACCAAUGUAUGGCUUUUCUUCCCCAUGGUCAACUUUUUUCUUACAUUUAUUGUCAUCACGAUAAGUACUUUAAAAAUUUUCCAGACUGUGCUUAGACACCAACGUCAGAUAAAUGACCAAAACGCCGCUGUCAGCCAUCUUCAAAACAACACCGUUAACGUACUGAAGUGUAGAAAAUCAGCCGUUACCGUGCUCUAUGUUUAUGGCUUGUUUGUCAUAUGCUUUGUCCCCUACAUUGCAACAAGCAUCGUAGAAGUACUUCUUGGAUCCACAACGAAAGUGCUCAUCGCUUAUGAUCUCUGUGAGACAGCUAUUUAUAUUAACUCUUUUUUAAAUCCAAUCGUGUACUGCUUGAGAAUAAGGAAGAUGCGCCGAGCUGUGAAGAAUAUCCUAAAACGAGAGUAGGAACCUUAGGCAACGACAAGGGCGACACUUAGCACGAAGAUCAAGAAAAAUAUGCCAACAUUUGACGAAUUGAAAAAUUGGUUGUUUUAAAUCGCAAAAAUGUUGGUCGCCCGUUAACAUACUUAAAAAUGAUGAAUGCUUCUAGGAAAAAUAUUUCACUGAUAUUUGCUGCAACGAUGUAAAUAUUUGGCACUACACUAAAAGUAUAUAAAUACUGGGCGAGUACUUAGUGUAACUUCGGAACCUUUUCAGCGAUCAUUUUAAUUUCUGCCUGAGAAAAGGGCAUUUUUUUUUCAGCAGAUGAAACUAUACGCAUUCAUUUACCAUAAGAAAUGUUUAAUACAGUGUUCAAGGACAAUAAAGGUUUUCAAUUUUAGUGUUAGUACUAAGAAUUGCAAUUCACUAUGUUCAAUGGUCUACAAUGCGUACCAGUGAAAAUAAAUUUUAGUAAUUUACGCAUUAGUUUCGGCACAUGAGAAGUUCAACGUUUGAAACGAAGUCGCUCCGUCGAAGUUCCCAUGUGGGCCACUCGAUCUCAGUUCAUGGGUAGACCCAAAUUAGACACGUCGGACUUAAUAAUUAAAGCACCGAUCUCUUCAUGUACUUAAUUGAAGGGAUUAGGUUCGGUACAUGAAAAGUUCGACGUUUAAACUGGGCCUUAAUUUGCGUGAAUGAUGCAUGGCCUCAAUAUGGAGCUCCAAGUGUAACCAAUCGAUCGUGAGAUCAACUUAGCUGGAUGUUGGUCAGCUUCAUCCUUUGCGUUUUCAUGGACCAAGACGAAGUCGAGGUCAAUAAAUAUUCGACGUAGAAAGCUUGGUCAAUACGAAUUCAUUAUACGACCAAAUUAAGAGUGCAGACCAACCCGGGAAAUCCCGACAGGGAAAGAUGGGCUUACCUUGCCCACUUGGGUAACCAAUCAGAACAUGGUAUUCGCUUUAUCUUUCCUGCUUGUGGAUAAACAAUCAUAAAAUUAGAGAUGGUAAAUCCCCAAAGAGGCGCUGCCUAGCACUGAGUUGAAUCAUCAAGGGUCCAGGACUCUUGUAGACUAAGUACAUUAGACGGACAUUCAAGAUACACCGCCAAGAACUUAACAAAAAUGGCAAAUGAUUGAAAAGGGAUCUUGUUAAUCCUUAUGAGGUACCCCUCAAGCUACCCCUCCUAUAGAGCAGGUGAGGGGGGAGAGGGUGGGACGGUGGUGAGAGUAUUCCCAUCAAAGUAGCCUAGGUUCGAAACCCGGUGUCGACGCCAGAUCUGGGUUGAGUUUGUUGUUGGUUCUCUCCUUUCCUCCAAGUACUCCGUUUUCCUAAUCUCUCCUCAAACACCAACAUUUGCAAAUUCCAAUUUCGACGAGGAAUAAUAGACGAAGAACCGUGUGCAUGUGCUACCUUUACAUCGUUAUUUAUUUAUUUAUGCACUAAUUAAUUUGUUUACGUUUUUGUGAAAUGUAAAUGUAAACGUUUAUGUAAAUAUCUUCUUACCCCAUCCCCUACGGGUUUUUGUUAUAGUCUAAAACGAUGAUUAAAGUACGUUCUAUGACUUUGGUAUACGGUAAAUAAAUGAAAUAUCGUCAUAACACUUUAUUUGCGUAAGUAUUUUGAAGUUACUUUUACGACUAAUUUAGCAAAUUCGAUUAUUUAUCCCGUGAUGGUAUAAAUUAUCAUGUCCAUUCGUCAAAAAAAGGAUCGAAACUUCAGUAGCGGUCAAUGCUUGGAAACAGAAACCUGACUGAGAAGAUGCAAAUUUAAUCUAUGAAGUUUCCUUAUUGAGCUUUGAACAUUAUUAAGAAACUUUUGGCGAUAGCUUCACCUUGUUGGAGGACCAGAUAAUUUUUUCCGAUUAUGAAGACCAUGAACAAAACUGAGACAACCUGCUUCGGCUUUUAUUUUACAGGUAUCAGCUUUGACAAUACGGGAGAAGUUUUCAUAACAAAUAUUCUAAUCUGCAUCCUCAAUAUAAUGUUCAGUAUCAUAACAUUUGUGGGCAACUCUACGAUUCUUCUUGCGAUUAAAAAUACACGAGAUCUUCACACACCAUCUUACGUCCUUCUGGGCUGCCUGGCUUUUUCUGAUCUUCUAGUUGGCCUCAUAUGUCAGCCACUUUUCGUGGGGGUCAAGAUAGCUGAGUUUGAAAGGAGCCUUACUGUGUAUUGUUGGUUAAGAAUGCUUCUGACCAGAUCAGCUUGGACAACAGCCGGCGUUUCGUUUUUUACAGUAGCUGCAGUGUCCGUUGACGGACUAAUCGCUUUACACCUGCACUUGCGAUACAGCGCAUUUGUCACCGUUUCUCGGGUUUUGCAAGCCACUCUGGUUAUUUGGAUCUUGUCAGUUAUAUUGAAUGUCGUGCUAAGGUUUUGGAUGACCGCCGAUCGCGAAUGGUUUUUCAUCCCGUUGGUCAUUUUUGUUGUUGUAUUCCUGGUUCUAACCGUCAGUACCAUGAAGAUAUUUCAGAUGGUUCGGAGACACCAGCGCCAGAUAAAUAGCCAAGCUGAGGCUCUGAGCCAUCCUCAAUCCAACACAGUGAACAUCCUCAAAUGCAGGAAAUCAGCUGUCACUGUACUUUAUAUCUACGGCUUGUUUGUGAUAUGUUAUGUCCCUUUCUUUGGAACUCUGAUCACAGAGAUGUUCCAUCGAUAUACAAUCAAGGAACAAAUCGCUUACGAUUUUUCAACGACUGUUAUUUUCGUCAACUCCUUUAUAAAUCCCGUAGUGUACUGCUGGAGAAUUAGGGAGAUAAAAAAAGCUGUAAAGAACAUUGUAAGGGGGUGGGGUGGGGGACGGAAUGAAUAAUAUAAUACCCCUACUCUGGUAAGCCAAAAUGAUUUCCUCGAUGCCAAUAUGAGGGAGCAAGGGUGGGGAUGGGUAUGGUGAGCAAUGUUGGCGCACUAUUGAGAGCAACCCCCUCCAAUGUGGUCCAGGUUCAAAUCCAGGCGUCGACGCCAUUUGUGGGUUCAGUUUGUUGCUGGUAGUCUUCCUUGCACCGAGAGGUUUUUCUCCGGGUGAUCCGGUUUUCCCCUCUCCUCAAAUACAACACUUUCAAAUCCCAGUCGAUCUGUAACGUACUGUUGGGAAAGAAAUAGGUGAUGCUUAACUUUAUUAUUUUGUGAUUGAAUGUUAAUUAGAAAUUGACAUUUGUAGCGCAAAGAAGUUAGAUUUCGUGACAUUAGAUUUCACAAUAAUGUCGACAAAGUCCGAGUAUUUUUACAAUAAAAAUGAUGUAACUGCAUGCAUUUUCUUAGGCUAAAUAAGGUGAAAGAACGUGCGAUGUUGUAAGAGUCACUUAGUUUAGAUACAUUACAAUGGGAACUUUUACUGCACAUCUGAUUAAUGUAAAAGUACUGCCUUACGCAAUGAUGGUAGAAAAAAAACCUCUGUAUUACUUAGAAUGUGUUAGUUGUUAGUUGAUCGUAGAGUUACGUCGAUAUUUGGUCGUUGAUCGUUGUGUUACGACCUUUUAAUAUGUGAGAAUUGUGCAUCGCAGUAGAUUGUUGGAUUGGAUUAAAUCGUGCUUACGUGAUUAAAUCGUGUUACAUCGAAAGAUACAGUCCUCUUGAUUUGUUUCAACCAGCGAGCGGGGUUAAAAGAAUUCCGCAACACGUACGUACACAUUGAAAUAAGUUUUCACUAGAACUCCUAAGUUCUUUGUUUGAACAAGUUACAAUUAGAAAAAUUUACAAUGUGACAUCAGGCUCCGUACAAGUAGUUAUUCAUCCUGUCUAGUGGGAGGAGGUUAUUUCUGUUUCCGUACUUUGACAAAUGACUUGGAAGUGAUUCAAAGUUGGAUCUUCUGUUUCCUUUGCAUAAAGAGAUGAAUACUACACAUAGUACACAACUGUAUACACAAGUGUUUUAUCUGAUUUCCGAACAAAGAGAAGUAAUAUAUCAAACACGAGAGGGAGUGUUUCAUCUGAUAUCCAAACACGUGGAAGUAAUAUAUCAAACACGAGAGGGAGUGUUUCAUCUGAUAUCCAAACACGUGGAAGUAAUAUAUCAAACACGAGAGGGAGUGUUUCAUCUGAUAUCCAAACACGUGGAAGUAAUAUAUCAAACACGCAAAGGAGUGUUUCAUCUGAUAUUCAAACACCUAGAAGUAAUAUAUCAAAAACGGGUAGGAGUGUUUCAUUUGAUAUCCAAACACCGAGAAGCAAUAUAUUAAACACGAAAAGAGUUGUUUUAUCCAAUAGCCAAACACCGACAAGUGUAUAUCCAAACACGACUGUUUGGUCCUUCCAUAAAUACAAGAACGUGGAACAAACUGGUGAGCCAAAUUUUCAGGGACUAAAUUAUAAACACAUUAUAAAUACCAUUACAGCAUUGUUGAAAAAGAGCCCGUCCCUAACAGUGAGCUAAUUAAAAGAUAACGUGGUCAAAUUUCCUAGGUCCUAAUAGUUUUUACAUUGUUUGCUUAAGCUCCCCGUUAGCAAGUUAAGCAUUAUUCCAGCAUUUUAGCGGCAUUUUCCAGUGAUCUUUUUCUCUGAAAAAAAAAAAAGAGAAUGGAAACAUUGUUUAAGAAAACUCGAAAGAAAUUAGGUUAAAUUCCACUUUAAUGCCUCUGUGUCUAGGAUCAUUUUUUGCUGUAUUGAACUAUUAAUGAGUAUAUACCAGACUGAAAAAACUUUGUCGUUUGAAAGGCUGAGUAUAAAUCAUACACGAUGAGACUAACUAGAGUUAAGGGUAGAAUUAUAUUAUCGUUACAAAUUUAGAGUUUUUCUGGAACAGCUUACAUUAUCUUGAGCUUCUCUUGCGGAUGCCAAUCCCAGGAAUACUUAAAUUAACCCUUCCGGGUAAACUUUUAUGGCUCCAGUCAGGCUUAUGAUUUUCAAGUUUUUGUUGGUCAUGGGGCAAAUCUCUAUAACUAGAGACGUCCCUGAAGAAACAUUUGCUAAAAGGGGAAGUCGUCGGCUUAUCAGCAAGAACACUGGAACCUUUUUAUUGAAUUUUACGUCGUUGAAAUGCAUUGGUGUGAGAAUCGUGUGAUAGUUUAAGCCGCGAACUCUUAAUUUUCAAUGCUAAUAAACUUCUACCUAUAAAUACAUUUAAUAGGUCUCAUAAACUCAUUGUUUGUAAUUUGCAAUCGACAGAGUUUUUUCAAACAGGUGUAUACAAUGUUGUCAUACCACUUAAUACAUACUGUUUUGUUAGCCUCAAACCCUCUCAAAUUGUUGAAUUGAACAAAUAAGUCUCUUUAUCAUAAGGCAAAUCCGAGAAAUUUGAUGACUCUUUUGGGGGUUUAACAAGCCUUCCAGUGCGAAGAAUGGAGUAUUAAGGUUGAGCAUUUUAAGGGGAAACAAAAACAAAAUGUGAAAAAAAGAAACAAGAAACAUGCAGUUGAAAACGUCGGGUUGAAAAGGCAAUCGUAGAAGCUUUAAAGAGUCAAAUUUUGCAAAAACACCGCACACAAUAAUAUAAGAACACCGCAAACAGCAUUGAAAUUACCCAAAAAUUUCUAAAUACCGCAAACCGCUUGGUUUUUCAAAACCGCAAUACUGCAACUUAAAAUAAAAAUUUCCGACAAACCGCAAUAAAAAUCGAGCUGCAAACAGAGGACAGCUCUAGCUAGCCAUGAAACAGAUACCUUUGUUGAGAGAAGAGACUUGAAGAUAGCAAAUACAUGAAGCGUGAUCUAGUCCCUUUAAAAACCUAUAAUACUCAAUUUUUGGACUUUUGGGGAGGAUAUUUAUAUAAAUAUUUGCGCCAUAUAAGUUUUUGGUGAUUUUAGACUUUUCAUAGAAGUCUGGACGAGACAGAACUUAUUUUAUAACAUAACAAAAUAAAGAGCACGCUCUGAUUGGUCAGUUAGCCAUCUACCAUUUGCCCGUGGGUGUACGCCAAAUUGAGGCCAAUUAUGCAAAUCUCCUCCCCUGUUUGAUAGUUACAGCUUUUAGAUGUUUCGCAGACUUUCUUCAGCACUGCUUCUAGUCACGUUCAAGAAAGCCCCUGUUUCUUUACAACUUUUGCGAUGUCCGCAUAAACGUCUCCAUUUCGGUGACUUUUGUCUAUUUUAUCGUGAAUUCGACGGUUCCCCCAAGCAGCGGCGUUAUAGCGGUUCCAAGUGGGCCAAAGUCCCAAACAUUCACUGUAAUUUUAGCUGUGUUUGCCCCCCAGCCAAGAUGGCGUCAUAAACCGUGAAAUGGUCAAUGAGAGAUGUUGAAUGGCCAAACAGGCACCACCUACCGCCGAGUUGGCUAUAAUCGUCAAGGGACUAAGGAAUCUUAUAGGACAUUAUAGACCCACCACCAAGCACUUAUGUAAAAUAGCAGAUGAUUGAAAAGAAACAAAAACCUGAAGAAGAUGCAAUUUUGAUAUUUGAAGUUGCCUUAGAGAUCUUUGCACAUUAUUAACUUUUGAUGAUAGCUUCUUCUUGUUGGGGGACCAGAUAAUUUUUUCCGAUCAUGAAGACCGUGAACAAAACUGAGACAACCUGCUUCUACUUUACAGGUAUCAGCUUUGAUAAUGCGCAAGAACUUACAACACAAACAGGUAACGCAAAAAAAACCUCCGUUACAUCGCCCCUCCGAAUAUAAGCCCCCUGGGGGCUCGUACUUGGAAAUUGCCCUCAAAUACAAAGUAAAACAAAAUAAAAACAGCUAAUUUCCUACCAACUACAAGGCUAGCCCAAUCGAUUUUGAAACGCAAAUUUCCCUCCGUAGAUAAACCCCUCCGAAUAUAAGCCCCUCCAAAAAUAAUGCAUCAGUCAAUUCCACCUGCGCCCAGGCCCCCGGGCUGACCCCCGGGAAUUAGCAUUUUUUUUGCCUUGGAUGGCAAAUUCCCGGGGAUGGGGACUCUUGAGCUGGCAAAUCCCCCGGGGUGGGGACGAAAAAAGAGGGCAAAUGCCCCGUCCUCCGUCAACAGUGCAACAUUUUUUAUUGAUCGCACAGUCACACAAUAGUGCCAUUUUAAUGUGCGAUUUUUUGUUUCAAUUAACGUCUUCCUUUGUAUAAUAGCGCUAGGAUUCUAACUAAGACUUCACGCCGCGACGACAUGCACCAGUUUAUGAUUUUAGUAUUGAUAUAAAAGUAUUGACAUUAAAAUUAACAGAGCGCUGUAAAGUUAUUUGUUAUGAAUAGUUUUAUAAAUAUGAAAGGGUGUUCUUCAAAUGAUAUCAACAGAAAGUUGAUUCAAUAACCAAAAAACGUUGAUUCACAUCGAUAGCUCCAAUUUCGCUAUGUAAUUCUGGCUUGAUAAGCAAUGAAGAAAUGCAUACAUACAUGUAAAAUCGUGAACAUGCCUUUACAACCCUCUACAAUUUAUUCCUGUCCUUGACAGAUGAGCCAAUCUGCUUUUUUUUUCCAGUAAAACCUUCUGUGUAGUUAUAUUCUGAUAGGAAACCGCGUGCGUGUCAAAAGCUCGGGAAUGGCCCGGGGGUUGGUAAAUACCCGGCCCCCGGGCAGUGCAAAAUUUGCAAAUGCCCCACCCCCGAGACUGACAAGGCGGGUAAAUGCCCCGCAGUAGCCCGGGGGGGGGGGCUGGGCGCAGGUGGAAUUGACUGAUGCAUAAGCCCUUCAAAGAGGGCCUUAUUUACGGUAUUUUCUGAAGCGUUCUAAACGGAUGCAUAUUGCAAAUUGCGACAACUUUAACAAAUUACGACGAUUCUUACAACAGAACACUGUUUUCGCUUUUCUUCAAAUCAUUCUUGUUUUUUUGGAUUGUGUACUUUAUAUAUUUCAUCCUGUACUAAGGUUCUACAUGACUGGCAAAAAGUAGCCUUUCUUCCGUCCUGAUGGCUGUUUCCUUCUUGUAAUCUGCGUUUAUAUUUUGCAUUGUACGCUCAAACACACGGCGGACACCACAGGCGACAAACAGUGAUAGCUACUUCAAGUCAACACAGUGAAAUAACUUCCGUCACUCAUGAACAAAACUGGAAAAGCCUGUUUAUUAUUUAGUGGCAUCAGCUUCGACAAGGCAGAAGAACUUUUCGCAACAAACAUUCUAACUUGUACCCUUAACUUAUUGUUCGGUGUCGUAACAUUUGUGGCCAACUCUACAAUUCUUCUGGCGAUUAAAAAAACUCACGAUCUUCACACGCCAUCUUUCGUCCUUUUAGGCUCCUUGGCAACCUCGGAUCUUCUCGUCGGCCUCGUAUGUCAGCCGCUUUUUGUGGCGCUUAAGAUAGCUGAACUUGAAAGAAAUUUAACACCGUACUGUUGGUUGAGACUGCUCCAGAGCAGAACGGCUUGGACUACAUCUGGCGUUUCUUUGUUGACAGUAGCCGCUGUUUCUGUUGACAGACUCCUCGCUCUAACUCUUCAUUUACGAUAUGACACUGUAAUCACUGUUCCACGAGUACUUCAAGUCACUUUCCUUUUCUGGAUCUUGUCCAUGAUAUCAAACGUUGUUCUAAGAUUUUGGAUGACAACUAAUGUAUGGCUUGUCAUCACUAUGGUCAUCGUUGUUCUUACAUUUAUUGUCAUCACGAUAAGUACUUUGAAAAUUUUCCAGACGGUGCUUAGACACCAACGUCAGAUAAAUGACCAAAACGCUGCUGUCAGCCAUCUUCAAAACAACACCGUUAACGUACUGAAAUGUAGAAAAUCGGCUGUAACCGUGCUCUAUGUUUAUGGCUUGUUUGUCAUAUGCUAUGUCCCCUACAUUGCAACAAGCAUCUCUUCUUGGAUCCACAACGAAAGUGCUCAUCGCUUAUGA